AUGGUUGCACCAGUCGACGAGCUAUGUGACGAAUUAAACCCCGUAAAGCCAACUCAGGUCGUGGCCUCGACGUCCAGAGAAGCUGAUUUUUCUGAACCCGCCACGCCUUCUGGGUUGGCCCGUUCUUCCUGCCGAGCAAAUGUUUCUAUCGAAGAUGUUUACGAAUCGUCAAUCUCCGAAGACGGAAUGGGGGAUGACCUCUUCGGAUUCGGAUUAGAUAAGAAAAAAAAUUUAAUAAGUGUCAUCGACCAUGACUAUUACAUUCACGUAGGUAACUGGUUAGCAGACGUGUCGCAGGAGAACCUGUGGCACGAGAAGUGCAAAAACUGGCUCUGCAAGAAAUUACGAAAAGAAUGGGUUCCAUUGAACAUGUUACUCCUCUUGCUA